CUCUUUCACCACAACCAUGCCCGUUGUCUCUGUGGGCCGCGACAAGCUCUUUGCUCUCCUGGGCCGGACCAUGACCGAGGAGGAGUUUGACCACCUGUGCUUCGAGUUUGGCAUCGAGCUGGAUGAUGUGACAAGCGAGAAGGAGCAGCAGAUCAAGGAGCGCGGCGUUGCGGAGGAGGGCGCGUCUGAGGAGGUCAUCUACCGGAUUGAUGUGCCUGCGAACCGGUACGAUCUGCUGUGCGCCGAGGGCCUGGUGACUGCGCUCAAGGUGUUCAAGGGCGAGAUCGAGCCGCCUGUGUUCUCUGUGGUUGUGCCCGAGGGCGAGGCGAUGACCAAGAUGUACGUGGAGCCCGAGACGGCACAGAUCCGGCCGUAUGUUGUGGCUGCGAUUCUGCGCGGGGUGACGUUUACGGAGGACUCCAAGGCGUCGUUCAUCGAGCUGCAGGACAAGCUGCACCACAACAUUUGCCGGAAGCGGACGCUUGUGGCAAUUGGCACGCAUGACCUGGACACUGUGCAGGGCCCGUUCCGGUACCGGGCUAUUGCGCCGGAGGACAUUUCGUUUGUGCCGCUGAACAAGACGGAGGAGACGACGGGCGCCGGGGUGAUGGAUCUGUACGCGGACGACGCGCACCUCAAGGGCUUCCUGCCGAUCAUCCGCGACUCGCCGGUGUACCCUGUGAUCUACGACGCGCAGGACCGCGUGCUCUCGCUCCCGCCGAUCAUCAACAGCAACCACUCGAAGAUUGAGCUCUCGACGCGCAACGUGCUCAUCGAGUGCACAGCAACGGACCACACCAAGGCGAUGAUUGUGCUCAACACGAUUGUGGCGAUGUUCUCGCAGUACUGCGACGAGCCGUUUACGGCCGAGGCUGUGCAGGUGGUGUACCCCGAGGGUGACGCGCGCAACGAGCGGGCGCUUGCGCACUACCCGGACAUGUCUGCACGGACGGCGAGCGCGGACGUGGCGUACAUCAACCGGGUGAUUGGGAUCAACGAGGACGCACAGGGCAUUGCUGCGCUGCUCAACAAGAUGAUGCUGCCGACGGCUGUGGGCGAGGAUGGGGCGAGCGUGGACGUGAGCGUGCCGCCGACGCGGUCUGACGUGCUCCACGCGUGCGACAUUGCCGAGGACGCGGCGAUUGCGUACGGGUACAACAACCUGCAGAAGACGGAGCCGAAGACGUACACGGUCGGCAAGCAGCUGCCGAUCAACAAGCUGACGGACCUGCUGCGACUGGAGGUGGCGAUGUUUGAGUUUACGGAGAUUCUCACGUUCUCACUCUGCUCGCACGCCGACGCGUUCGAGAACCUGCGGCGCGAGGACGACGGGCAGACGGCGGUGCUGAUCGGAAACCCCAAGACGUCUGACUACGAGAUGGCGCGGCCGACGCUGAUGGGUGGGAUGCUGAAGACGCUGGCGGCCAACGCGAGCCAGCCGCUCCCGCGCAAGCUGUUUGAGAUCACCGACGUGGUGAUCAAGGACCCGAGCACCGACGUCGGGGCGCGCAACGACCGGCGGCUGGCGGUGGCGUACUCGAACCACUCGGCCGAGUUUGAGAUCGUCCAUGGCGUCCUCGACCGGGUUAUGGAGGUCAUCGGCGUGGCGUGGGCCGACGAGCCGGCCAAGGCGUCGGCGUCCGACGGUCCGGCGGAGGCCGCCGCCGUCUCGGCCGCCACCGCUAGCCUCUCGUACAAGCUGGAGGAGGCCGACGACGCCGCCUUUUUCCCGGGCUUCCAGGCUUCGAUCCACCUCAACAACGAGGUCAUCGGCUCUGUCGGCAUUGUCCACCCCGAGGUUCUCGCCAACUUUGGCAUCUCGUACCCGGUCUCGUACCUCGAGAUGUCCAUCGAGCCGUUCCUUGUCGACCAUUCCAAGUGAGUAACAUUCGGUUCUGUCAGAGAAGAGAGGCAAGCGCGGCAAGCAGCCACUGUUCCGGUCGAAUAACAUGCUUGAUGCAUCCUU